UCUGCGCCGUUAUGCUGACAGUCCGCAACUCCUGCGUCGGCUGGUCUAUAGGUUAUGUGACAUGUAGCCUGAUAUCAUGGAGGAUUCGAAGUUCCCUAUCGACUGCCCUGUGCGGCUCACUGAGGCGGAUCGGGAACGAGAUCGGGAGGAGUUUGCAGCGCUGAGGUACUAUACUGAGUGUAAAGGCUAUUUUAUAGCACAGAUCCGGUGUGAUCCUGAUAAUUGGGUUCCGAGAGACCGGGUGGAUGAGAUCCGCGAGAAUCGGGCUGGUGGCAGGGAGGCGUGGAGUGAGGAGAAAGCGGGUGGUACGUAUCCGUUGGCGGACGAGAUGUGGUCGUAUCAUCUGACGUGAUGGGUUUUCGUGGCACGAAGAAAUAAGGUACCUUGUGUUACAUCACCAAUAGCCUGCCAGCUGGUCGAAAUGGUACUGCAUGCUUGGAAGGGCGCCACAA